UUUUAUAAUAAUUCAAAAUGUUGUAUUGUAGGAACUGCUUAUAAGAUUUGCAAUAAAAAUGCUACAUGGUUCAAGCACCCAAUAUCCGGUGCAGUCUGGUCCAACUACACAACUUGUAUUAACCAUGAAGAUUACAAUUGGACACAACAAAUCAAUACCAUCUAUCAAACCGGAUACUUGGUUUCAUUCAUUGCACUUCUGCUGUCGAUUGCCAUUCUUACCUAUUUCAAGUCUCUGAGAUGUGCACGCAACACAUUGCACACGCACAUGUUCACGUCGUUCGCUAUCAAUAACCUCCUAUGGCUGCUGUGGUACAGGCUGGUCGUCGAGCAUCCGUCAGUCGUACUUCACAACGGGUGGUGGUGUCAAAUACUACACGUCAUUCUGCACUAUUUUUUGCUAACCAACUAUGCGUGGAUGUUGGCUGAAGGUUUUUAUUUGCACACUCUUCUUGUGUUCGCCUUUACGUCCGAAGAUACUCUAGUCCGUUGGUCUUGGACGUUGGCCUGGUCAACGCCGUUGGUCGUCAUUUCUCUGUACACAUUACUACGAACUAUCUACGAUCACACGUCCGAGUGCUGGAUCAACGAAUCACCGUUCACGGAAGUGCUGGUGGUGCCCGUUUGCAUGUCGAUGGCUCUUAACCUGGUGUUCCUUUGCAACAUCGUCCGAGUUUUGUGGGUGAAGCUCCAGGCCGGCCCGUCUCAUCUGUCCAAUAGCACGCCAUCACGAACACUGUUGCAGGCGUUCAGGGCCACGCUUUUGCUGUUGCCUUUGCUAGGGCUGCACUACCUGCUCACACCGUUCCGGCCGCCCAAACAACAUCCCUGGGAACCGUUUUACGAGGUCGUGUCCGCCACUACGUCAUCAUUCCAAGGACUUUGUGUAGCAACGUUAUUUUGCUUUCUAAAUGGAGAGGUCGUAGCCCAGAUCAAGAGACGGUGGCAGUUCAUGUUUUUCCGGACGAGGGCCAACUCGUAUACAGCAACAACGGUCUCGGUACGUCAGUUUGUAAGAUCGACCGCAGGCCCUGGUGAUAACGAAGAUAAGGUUUAAAGUCAAGAUGUGGUCAUAAAACGUCAUUUUCCAGCGGAAUAUUAAUACAUUUUUUUUUAAAAACCUAUACAUUAAACGUACAUAAUAUAAUAAAUGAUAUGUGUGUACGAAUUUGGCACUUGUGCAGCUUCCAUUCACAACACAAUAAUUAACUUA